AGGGGCGGCGCAGCGCCCGGCGAGCGGCGGAGGCGGCGGGGUCCCGGCGGGCGGGCGGGCGGGCGGCGCGGGGCGCGGGGGGCGCGGCGGGGUCGGGCACGCGGAGCGGGCGGACGGCGCCCAGGGGCUCGGCCCGGCGGAGGGGCGGCUCGGCCCAGGGGCCCGCGCCCCGCGCAGCCUGGCAGCCCCGCGCCCCGAGCGUCUCCCGGGGAACGGAGACAAAGGAGGAUUCAUGUCCAAAGGACUCCCGGAGACCAGGACGGACGCCGCCAUGUCAGAGCUGGUGCCUGAGCCCAGGCCUAAGCCGGCAGUGCCCAUGAAACCUGUCAGCAUCAACUCCAACCUGCUGGGCUACAUUGGCAUCGACACCAUCAUCGAGCAGAUGCGCAAGAAGACCAUGAAGACGGGUUUCGACUUCAACAUCAUGGUUGUUGGCCAGAGCGGGCUGGGCAAGUCGACGCUGGUCAACACGCUCUUCAAGUGCCAAGUGAGCCGGAAGGCGUCCGGCUGGAACCGGGAGGAGAAGAUCCCCAAGACGGUGGAGAUCAAAGCGAUCGGGCAUGUGAUCGAGGAAGGUGGGGUCAAAAUGAAGCUGACGGUCAUCGACACCCCGGGCUUUGGAGACCAGAUCAACAACGAAAACUGCUGGGAGCCCAUUGAGAAGUACAUCAACGAGCAGUACGAGAAGUUCCUGAAGGAGGAGGUGAAUAUUGCCAGGAAGAAGCGCAUCCCCGACACGCGAGUCCACUGCUGCCUCUACUUCAUCUCGCCCACGGGACACUCUUUGCGACCCCUCGACCUCGAGUUCAUGAAACACCUCAGCAAAGUGGUGAACAUCAUUCCCGUCAUCGCCAAGGCCGACACCAUGACGCCCGAGGAGAAGGCCGAAUUCAAGCAGAGGGUUCGCAAGGAGCUGGAAGUAAAUGGCAUCGAAUUCUACCCUCAGAAGGAAUUCGAUGAGGAUUUAGAGGACAAGACGGAGAAUGACAAAAUCAGGCAGGAAAGCAUGCCCUUCGCUGUGGUGGGAAGCGACAAGGAGUACCAGGUGAAUGGCAAGAGGGUCCUCGGCAGAAAAACCCCCUGGGGGAUCAUCGAAGUGGAAAACCUCAACCACUGCGAGUUUGCCCUGCUUCGAGACUUUGUCAUCAGGACCCACCUCCAGGACCUCAAGGAAGUGACGCACAACAUCCAUUACGAGACUUACAGGGCCAAGCGGCUCAAUGACAACGGAGGCCUCCCUCCGGGAGAAGGCCUCCUGGGCACUGUGCUUCCACCCGUGCCAGCCGCCCCCUGCCCCUCUGCUGAAUGAAGGCCGUGGCCAGCGCCGCCUCUCCCUCCAUUCCUCUCAGCUGUUAGUGCUGCAGACCGAGCCCCUUCCCCACCACGGUCCCAGCCCCUCUCAGUGCAGUGGGCGGGGCCAGCUGCCUCUUUAGGACAGUUCUUUCCUCCUCGGGCCAAACCACUCCUCUCCUCACAGUGGAAGGGAGUUUUUUGUUUUGCUCUCGCCUGCCCGCCCGCCUGCCUGCCCUGCCCUCCUCCAUCGUCUCUGUCUGCUGCUCUCAGGUCAUCGGUAGGGAGAAUGAACGCGCCGGGAGCCGCUUCUGCCUUUGCAAACCCCAUACCAGCUACGUGUCACCGGCUCCCUUGGGGUGGGGGUAGGGACAGCAUGGCUCCCGUCCAUUCAUCUGCAUGAGCAACUCUUGGCUACCGUAAAGGCUCCGGAAAGCAACUUUUUGUGCCUAUCAGAUUCGUUGAGAUGAGCGGUAAGCACCCCGGGUAGGAUCAGAGUUUAUCAGGAUGGAUUGCUACAGGGGCUGGGGGCCCGGGGCUGGCGUCAGCUUGGAUUCUUUACUUUCAGGCGCCACUGGCCCAGUGUGAGGGGACACACCCUCCUCACCCUAGUGUGAACAAGAGUGGGUUUGCCCAAGGAGAGAGUGCUGGAGUUAAUGUCCUUAUUUCCCAAACUUAAAAAGGGGGAUGGGGGGGGGGAGAAACUAAACCAAUGAAAUGGGCAAAAUCCAUAAGAAUACAUAGAAAAAUAGCACCCAAGUACAUUUAGCAAUAAGAGGAUCCUUAUCCAUUUACCCUACUACUCGUUCCCCUCCUCCUGCCAUUAGCCUAGCCACAGGUGGUCACUGUUGGCUAAUGGAAAAUACCCAAGGAGGGCAAAGCCCCCCAUCAGAUGCAUGAAUGUUUGUGAAUGUCGGCUGCCACUGCCUACACCGUGUCUUUUUAGAACCCUUGCCCCCAGCCCCACCCCACCCCCAACUCCACUUUGACACAACUUGCUUCAGAGGCUGGUGAAUAUGUGGGGCCAUUUUGUCUAUGCCCAAAUCUUGAUGGAACAAGAGGUCCAAGCCCAGGGGACGCAAGAGUGACCCAUUGCUGAAAACGACCAGUCCCAGCCAACCUUUUGGUGACAUUCUGGUUUCAUUUCCCAAUUGAAAACAAAGCCAAUGGAAACUUCAGACCGGCCAUGUACAUGUUGCUAGACUUUAUGUGUUGUACAACUAAACAUUGCUGUUUGAACA